AUGUCGAACCAAACCCCCGAGAACUGGGAGGAUGAGCUCUCACGUCAGGCCGAGGGUGUCAACCUGAACGCACAAGGCCGCCCUCAGGCCCAUGCGGCUUCCUUCCAGCCUGGCGCAGCUACUUUCCAGCCCGGUGCGGCCUCCUUCACUCCAGGUGCGAAUUCUUUUGUGCCUGGACAGCAAUACCAGCAGUAUGGUGGUGGCUAUCAAUACUCUCAGUAUGGUCAGCAAUCAUAUGGCUACCCCCAGCAGGGCUAUGCCCAGUAUCAGCAGCCCGCUGGUUACAACCAGUACUACAACCAACAACCCGGUGGCUUCCAGCAGCAGCCUCGCCAGAACGCUGUCCCACAGCAGCCCGCUCAGCCUGCUCAGCCCACUCCCAACCCCGCUGCAACGACCUCUGCCGCCCCGCCGAAAGCCAAGGUCCUUUCCAUUGGCGCUACCUCCUCCACUGCGGCUCCCAAGACCAAGGUUCUUUCGAUUGGAACUCCCGCCGCUGCGCCAGCCAAGUCUGCGGAUACUUCAACUAAAGGUGACUCGAAGGGUGCUGCUGCUGCCGAGGCCGGUGCCAAGGUGACCGCCGCAAAGGCAAUUGAGAAGACCGACAAAAAGGCGGACUCCAAGGCUGCUGCCGCCGGCAAGACCUCUCCUGCCCCCUCCUCUGGCCGUUCCAGCCCUGGCCGCUCCAGCCCUGCCCGAGGCGAGGGUGCCAAGCAGGCUCGUGCUGCCGACGCUGUUGCUAAACAGCAGCAGGCCGAUGUCGAUGAGGCCACCCUGAAGGAAAUUUAUGGCGAGAGACGAGAGCACGUCAAUGUUGUGUUCAUCGGUCACGUCGAUGCUGGAAAGUCUACUCUGGGUGGCUCUCUGCUCUACUGCACUGGCAUGGUGGAUGACCGGACAAUGGAGAAGUAUAAGAAGGAGGCCAAGGAUGCUGGCCGUGAAACUUGGUACCUUUCCUGGGCCCUGGAUCUCACUAACGAAGAACGAUCGAAGGGUAAGACUGUGGAGGUGGGCAGGGCAUUCUUCCGCGUGACAAUCCCCCACCCUGAUGGCCCCAUUGAACGUCAAUUCUCCAUCCUCGACGCCCCUGGCCACAAGUCCUACGUCCCUCACAUGAUUGGCGGCGCUACCCAGGCAGACUUGGGUUGUCUUGUCAUUUCUGCUCGCAAGGGAGAGUAUGAGACUGGAUUUGAGAAGGGAGGACAAACUCGUGAACACGCUCUGCUUGCGCGUAACACCGGUGUCUCAAAACUCAUUUUGGCUGUUAACAAGAUGGAUGAUCCGACUGUUGAAUGGAAAAAGUCCCGUUUCGAUGAGUGCACAGUCAAGGUUAUCAAGUUUUUGGAAGCUCUGGGUUACAAGAAGGAUGACAUCUUCUGCAUGCCUAUUUCGGCCCAAACUGCAGGAAACAUCAAGGACCGUAUUUCCAAGGAAGUCUGCCCUUGGUACGAUGGUCCCUCUUUGCUUGAGUACCUCACGGCCUUCAAGCUUCCAGAGCGCAAAAUCAACGCUCCUUUCAUGAUGCCUAUCAGUGCCAAGUACCGUGAUAUGGGUACCAUGGCUGAAGGCCGUAUCGAAUCCGGUGUUGUCAAAAAGAAUGGCACUUACAUUAUGAUGCCCAACCGAACCGAAGUCCAAGUCACGGCUCUCUAUGGUGAGACAGAAGAUGAGAUCACUACUGCCACUUGCGGUGACCAGGUCCGUAUGCGUCUUCGUGGCGUGGAGGAAGAAGACUUCUUCCCUGGCUUCGUGCUUUGCUCGCCUAAGCGUCCUGUCCACUGUGUGUCUGCUUUCGAGGCCAAGAUUCGUAUUCUUGAUCUGAAGAGCAUUCUGUCUGCUGGGUUUAAUUGUGUCCUCCACGUUCACUCUGCUGUCGAGGAGGUCACUUUCGCCGCUCUGCUUCAUAAGCUUGAGCCCGGCACUGGCCGUAAGAGCAAGCGUCCCCCUCCCUUCGCCAGCAGGGGCCAGACCAUCAUUGCCCGUCUUGAGGUCACUAGCACUGCCGGUGCUGUCUGUGUGGAAAAUUUUGCCGAGUAUGGACAAAUGGGUCGCUUCACUUUGCGUGACCAGGGACAAACCAUUGCUAUUGGCAUGAUCACCAAGCUUAUUCUCCCGGAGAAUGAAGCAUAA